AGGCUCACAGGAUCCUCAAAUUGUCUCCAUGAAUUCCUCAUCUUAUAACUAUAAUGUGUCGAGCGGUCUGAGUUAUCGAGACUCUUUGAGCACAGCUGUAGCCAAAAAUGUGAUUGUUCUGGCUCUUGGCCUUACCAUCAACUACAUCAAUGGUACACUGAUUCAUACCUUCAGAAAACACCAGGUAUUUUAUGUGAAUCCUCGUUACAUCCUAUUCAUCCACCUGGUCUUGAAUGAUAUGAUCCAGCUUACAACAACAAUCAGCCUGUUUGUCUUUAGUUAUGUCUUCUAUAAAAUUAAUACUUCCUUCUGUUGCCUCAUCAUUACCUUUGCUGUCUUCACCACCCUCAACACUCCAUUAAAUUUAGCUGUCAUGGCAGUGGAGUGCUACAUCGCUAUUUGUUUACCACUGCGACACGCUGAGUUCUGCACCAUCAAAAGAACAUACACUCUGAUUGCUUGGAUCUGGGCCAUGAGUGCAGUUUCGACCCUGCCAGAUGUGUUUAUUGUUGUGGCAACAGAACCUGUGCAGUUAUUUUAUUCCACAAUUUUUUGUGAGAGGGAUAACCUGUUCUCCCACCCAAUAAGUUUAAAAAAGAGGGAUGUU